AUGAAUGUUAAAGCAAUUUCAACUUAAGGCGCUGAGAAAGACUUCCCAAUAAAAGGGACUAACUUUGGUGAUCUAAUUGAUGAAUUAGAGGGCGGAUAAAAAUUUUAGGACUUUUAAUUCUAUUAUAAUGGAAAUCUAUUAUCAAACAUUGCAAAAGGCACAAAGCUUGAAAAAAUAUGUUAAGCCAACUAAGGGCCAAUACAAAUCUAAAGAAAAGACAAUUCAUCUAAAAUAUUGACUAACCCCAGCCAAUUUAUCCAACCCCAACAAGUGAAUCCAAUCAAUUUUUAAUAGCCAAUUCAAACUGAUGUAUGGGCUACUUCUGUUUAACAACAACCUAUAGACGAAAUUCUUCCACCUGUUAAUAAUAACGUAAAUAACUCAGCUAAUCAAACCCAUACUAAACCAAAUUUUUUCAAUUCUGUUAAUGCUAGCGGUAUUGUUUUUAAUCCACAAAAAUUUGCUCCAGCGCCAUCAAACUUACCUGUGCAAUAGUUGUAACCUGUGCAAUAGUUGUAACCUGUGCAAUAGUUGUAACCUGUGCAAUAGGUGUAACCUGUGCCAUAGAUAUUACCAAAUAUUCAACCAAUCAAUUAAAAUCAGCCCCCUUUUAGAAUAUCUAAUCAACCUCCAGUUACACCACCACCAACUUAAUCGUUAAGAAAAGAAGUAAUAUAUAGAGCUUAGAUUAAUGACGAAUAAAAGAUUAUUAAUGAUUUUAGAGUUAGAAUUACAGAUAAAGGAAAUAGAGUAGAGUUAGAAAAUGAGAAAUAUGAUAUGAAGGCGGUAUUUUUAGAAGAAAAUGCAAAUGAAAAAAUAUAAACAGAAAUUAAAUCUUAAUUAACUAAGGAAGCUUAUGCUUAAGAUAUAAAACUUGUUGUGAAAUGUCUAGUUGGGGAACAAAAUUAAUCAACUAAAGUUAUUUUUAAGAAAAAUUUAGAUGGUUUGGCCAUUUAAUGGGCGACUGGCUUAAUAACAUUGUUUGAUUUUGAUUUGUCUAUUUGA